UUUAACUAGUUUUCUCUGUACCUUCCUUUUUUCUUGUGAUAAAUUAAUUAGAAUUUGAAUAAGAGGAGUAUAUUCACAUUCAUUUUUUGUAAUAUUUUCUUAAACUGAUUCUUUUUUUCGGAUGAUGGAAGAUUCUGUGAGUUGCAGUAGUAAAGGAUUAUUGGAGUUGUCUCAGAAUCGUACUCGAAAGAGAAGAGAGAAAGUUGAAGUGUUUCAAGAAGUGAUUCAAAGAUUAAGAGAGUCGAAUGAUGAAGAAGUGAAUCAACCUGGUUUUGAGGAUGAAUUGUGGGCUCAUUUCACUAAACUUCCUCUAAGGUAUGCAGUGGAUGUGAAUAUUGAGAGGGCACAAGAUGUUGUUAUGCACAAGAACUUGCUGCAAAUGGCACACUAUCAGAAUCCCGCGCCAGCAGUUGAAGUCCGCCUAGUGCAGAUUCAUCGAAUAUCUGAUGGAAAUCCCGGGGAUUCAGUUCAUUCCACUUUCUCGAGAAGGGGAGAUGCACAAGGUAUUGAUCACCAUGGCAGCAUGCAUCCUCCACCUACCUUUGGUUUGUCGCCAAGCACAGAGCUCGCGUUAGGAACUAAUAAAUUAUAUGUUCAAGAUGGAAAUAGUGCUGUGUGUGGAAAUUCACUGUCAUUUAGGCCUUUGUAUGAAAUAACAAUUUCAACACUUGACAAGCCCAAGCUACUCUUUCGGUUGACUUCUUUACUCUCGGAGAUUGGAUUGAACAUUCAAGAAGCUCAUGCUUUCUCAACGAAAGACGGUUACUCUUUGGAUGUCUUUGUGGUUGAUGGUUGGGAAAAUGAGGAAACUGACCAGCUAAGAAGUGUCCUGUUGAAGGAAAUAUCAAAUAUGGAGGUAAAAGUCAUUGACAGACUCAAUGCAACGCUGAAACAGCCGGGGUUAAAUCAAGACCUUUUGUUCCCCAAAAUGAAGUUUGUACAAACUGGUAUCAACGUCAUCCCGAACCAUGUAGAUACACCAAGCAACGGGAGUGAAGCAUGGGAAAUCGACAAUGCACUGCUGAAUUAUGAAUAUAAAAUUGCAACUGGCUCAACUGGUGAUUUGUAUAAAGGCUCAUUCCAUAAUCAGGAAGUGGCUAUUAAGGUUCUCAAGUCUGAGUGCCUAAAUGAAGAUAUGGAAAGAGAUUUUGCACAAGAAAUUUAUAUAUUAAGGAAAGUCCGCCACAAGAAUGUUGUGCAAUUUAUUGGUGCAUGCACGAAACCUCCACGAUUAUGUAUAAUCACAGAAUUUAUGUCCGGUGGAAGUCUCUACGAUUUUCUGCAUAAAACGAAAGGUUUUUUCAAGCUUCCGGUGUUAGUCAAGGUUGCUAUUGAUGUUUCAAAGGGGAUGAGCUAUCUGCACCAAAAUAAUAUAAUCCAUAGAGACUUAAAGACUGCCAAUCUCUUAAUGAAUGAAAAUCAAGUUGUGAAGGUUGCUGACUUUGGUGUUGCAUGUGUGCAAGUUCAGUCUGGUUUAAUGACUGCAGAAACAGGAACAUAUCGAUGGAUGGCUCCUGAGGUUAUUGGACAUAGACCUUAUGAUCGAAAAGCUGAUGUUUUCAGCUUCGGGAUUGUACUGUGGGAGCUGUUAACAGGAAAGCUUCCUUACGAGUUCUUGACCCCAUUACAAGCUGCAGUGGCUGUGGUUCAGAAGGGUCUAAGGCCAACAAUUCCCGCGAACACUCAUCCAAUGUUGGUGGAAUUGCUCGAGAAAUGCUGGCAGCAAGAACCGCUCUUAAGACCUGAGUUCUCCGAGAUACUUGACAUCUUGCAACACAUGACCAAAAAGAUGGUUGAAGAAGAGAAAAGUAGCAAAAGAAGAAGCCUUGGAUAACCAUUGAGGAAGCAGAAUGCAUAACACGCAUUAAGUUAUAUAUACUGACAGUGUAAUUUUCGUUUUUUUUUAACUAUCAGUGUUGUAUAACUAUGAACUGUGGUAGUA